CUUUCCAGUUCCGCUCAAUCACCAUGGCACCUGAUCUGAAUGCCGUCGCCGGAGGCGAGAAGUUCGAUUAUAGCCAACCUGGAGCCGGAGGGUAUGAGGUCAAACAAAACAUCACCUGGAAUGACCCAAACAACCGCAAGUUGCGGGUCCUGACGAUUGGUGGUGGAGUCAGUGGUAUCUUGAUGGCCUACCAGAUUCAGAAGCAAUGUGCAAACGUCGAACACGUAAUCUAUGAGAAGAACCCUGACAUCGGGGGCACAUGGCUGGAGAAUCGCUACCCUGGUUGUGCGUGUGACAUUCCCUCUCAUGCAUACACCUACCAAUUCGCUCUUAAUCCCGACUGGCCACGUUUCUUCUCUUACUCGCCGGACAUCUGGAAGUACCUGGACAGAGUUUGCAACACGUUCGAUCUCCGAAAGUACAUGACCUUCAAUACGGAAGUCAUUGGGACUUACUGGAACGAUGAAAAGGGCCAGUGGACAGUUAAGCUUCGGGAGACACGACCCGGGCAGGAACCCAGAGAGUUCGAGGACUACUGUGACCUGCUUCUCCACGGCACGGGCAUCCUCAACAACUUCAAAUGGCCGGAGAUUCCAGGUCUGAAGGACAAAUUCAAGGGCAAAGUCCUGCAUACUGCUAGAUGGGAGCAUGAAUACCAGAAGGACCAAUGGAAAGACGACCGAGUGGCCGUAAUUGGCUCCGGAGCCAGUUCAAUUCAGACUGUGCCAACGAUGCAGCCGCACACGAAGCACUUGGACGUCUUCGUCAGGACCGGUGUUUGGUUCGUGCAAAUCGCCAACAACUUCGGCCAGAACAAGGAGUACUCGCAAGAAGAGCGGGACGAGUUCCGCCAUAACCCCAAGGCGCUCGUGGCCCAUGCCAAGGACAUCGAAGACCAAGUCAACGGCCUUUGGGGAACGUUCUACUCCGGCACAGACGCACAGAAGGAAGGACAGGAGCUCUUCCGCAAUCGUAUGGCCGAGUUCAUCAAAGAUGAGAGGCUGCUUGAAGGCUUCACACCGAAGUUCGGGAUUGGCUGCCGUCGCAUCACGCCAGGUGAUCCAUACAUGCUUGCGAUUCAAGAGCCGAACGUCGAUGUGCACUUCACGGCCGUGGAAAGCUGCACGGAGGACGGAGUGGUAGGCGCAGAUGGCGAGGAGCGAAAGGUGGACACUAUCCUAUGUGCUACCGGCUUCGAUGUCUCCUACAAGCCUCGAUUCCCGAUCGUGGGCAAGAACGGCAUCGAUCUCAAGGACAAAUGGAAGAUCUGUCCAGAGAGUUAUUUGGGGUUGGCGAUCCCAGAUUUCCCCAACUUCAUCACGUUCAUCGGUCCAACUUGGCCCGUCGAGAAUGGUAGCGUUAUGGGUCCACUGCACACAGUGUCCGACUACGCCGUCAAUAUCAUCAAGAAGAUGCAGAACGAGAACAUCCGGUCAUGGGUACCUAAGCAAGAAGUUACUGAUCAGUUCAAUGACCAUGUCCAAGAAUGGAUCAAGCACACAGUCUGGAAGGAAGACUGCCGCUCGUGGUACAAGAACAAUGAGACCGGACGUGUCAAUGCCGUCUGGCCUGGUUCAUCUAUGCACUACCAGCAAGUCAUCAAAACCCCUCGCUACGAAGACUUCAACAUCGAAUACUUCGACAAGAACAUGUGGGCCUGUUUGGGUAUCGGCUACACAGUGGAGAACCGCAAGGGCCCGGGCGAAGCCGACAACAGUCCAUACUUGAACAUCAACAACAUCGAUCCGAAGUGGCUGGCGGCGAAUGGCGGAGAUGAGAAGGUGUUGCUGAAGCAGGUUGAUGAGGCGAAUUCGGUCGCGAAGGGGCGUGAGAGGGAAGCUGGACCGCAGGGUAGCGCUGAUCAGAUGUAAUGGCAGCAUGUCACUGAAUCUCACCGGGAGG